UAAUUGCCAAUUCAGAAUAUAAAAUAGAUUUGUAUUUUUUAUAUAUACACAUAUUUAAUUGUAAAAAAAUAUAGGAUAUCUGAUUUAUAUUCUGUUGAAGUGAAUAACCGGGUCUCGUAGGGUAUGAACACAAUUGUUUAGGUUACAAUGCAAAACUAAAAAAAUGCAAAUUUAUAAAAAUGUUAUUACAAAAAAUCUGUUCAAGCAAUAUAAAAUAUACGAUACUUGUCAAAAAGUGUACUGGAAUAAUUUACAGACAUGUGGAAUAACAACUGUAAAUUUUGCACAUCCUUUUUAUAGUCCUUCCUGUAAAAUAGGUCGUUUAAUCAGCAAUCAAAAAGUUUACUGUACUUCUUCAGAUCAAGAGAAAAACUUUGCAAAACAUAAAGAACAUGUAGCCAAUGAAUUUAGAAUAUAUUUUAAACAAAAUAAAGACAAACUGAGAGAUACGGAGCAAAGACUAAAAGAAAAAAGGCAAGCCUUAAUUCAAGACAUUAAGCAAACGAGAAACAAGGUGAAAGAAAAAGUUGAAGGAAUUAUAGAGAGAGAAAAUAUUUAUACAAUACCAAAUUUGCUGUGUGUUGCCAGGAUUAUACUAUCACCUUAUUUGGGACUAUUGAUAGUGCAAUCAGAAUUUGACUUUGCUUUAGCUGUUUUGGGAGUUGCUGCUGUGACAGACUUGUUAGACGGUUGGAUAGCUAGAACAUGGGAAAGCCAGUCAUCAAAUUUGGGAAGUUUUUUAGACCCAAUGGCAGAUAAAGUACUUAUCGCAUCCUUAUUUUUGAGCUUAACAUAUGCCGAUUUAAUUCCGAUAGCUCUAACGGGUAUGAUAAUUGCCAGAGAUGUUAUAUUAGUUGCAGCAGGAUUUGUAAUUCGGUACAAAUCUCUACCACCUCCGCGAACUUUCAGUAGGUAUUUUGAUGUCAGUCAUGCAACUGCGCAGCUAGCUCCGACGUUUAUUAGUAAAGUUAAUACUGGAGUACAGUUAUUGCUGGUUGGUUCUACAUUAGCAGCGCCCGUCUUCCAUUAUGUAGGUCAUCCCGUUUUAGAAUACUUAUGGUAUAUAACAGGUGUGACAACAGUAGCUGCAGGCUUGAGUUACAUACUAUCAAAGAAUACUUAUAAGAUAUUAACUAAAUCAAGCUCAAAAAAAUAACUUUUUCAUAUUGAAAAUUU